CGCCGUGAAGAAAGGAACAUGGCUCCUGAGGCGCAUAGCGCCGAGCGCGGCGCCGGGCAGCCGUGCGCCGGACUCCAGUGACCGCGAUGGUGAACUCCAGCCGCGUGCAGCCUCAGCAGCCCGGGGACGCCAAGCGGCCGCCCGCGCCCCGCGCGCCGGACCCGGGCCGGCUGAUGGCGGGCUGCGCGGCCGUGGGUGCCAGCCUCGCCGCCCCCGGCGGCCUCCGCGAGCAGCGGGGCCUGGAGAUCGAGAUGCAGCGCAUCCGGCAGGCUGCUGCGCGGGACCCCCCGGCCGGAGCCUCGGCCUCCCCUUCUCCUCCGCUCUCGUCGUGCUCCCGGCAGGCGUGGAGCCGCGAUAACCCUGGCUUCGAGGCCGAGGAGGAGGAGGAGGAGGAGGUGGAAGGGGAAGAAGGCGGAAUGGUGGUGGAGAUGGACGUAGAGUGGCGCCCGGGCAGUCGGAGGUCGGCGGCCUCGUCGGCCGUGAGCUCCGCAGGCGCGCGGGGCCGGGGGCUUGGGGGCUACCACAGCACGGGCCACCCGAGCGGGAGGCGGCGCCGGCGAGAGGACCAGGGCCCGCCGUGUCCCAGCCCGGCCGGCGGUGGGGACCCGCUGCAUCGCCACCUCCCCCUGGACGGGCAGGCGCCCCGAGUGGCCUGGGCGGAGAGGCUGGUUCGCGGGCUGCGAGGUCUCUGGGGAACAAGAUUCAUGGAGGAAAGCAGCACUAACCGAGAGAAAUACCUUAAAAUUGUUUUACGGGAACUGGUCACAUACCUCCUUUUUCUCAUAGUCUUGUGCAUCUUGACCUACGGCAUGAUGAGCUCCAAUGUGUACUACUACACCCGGAUGAUGUCACAGCUCUUCCUAGACACCCCCGUGUCCAAAACAGAGAACACUAACUUUAAAACUCUGUCUUCCAUGGAAGACUUCUGGAAGUUCACAGAAGGCUCCUUAUUGGAUGGGCUAUACUGGAAGAUGCAGCCCAGUAACCAGACUGAAGCUGACAACCGAAGUUUCAUCUUCUAUGAGAACCUGUUGUUAGGGGUACCACGAAUACGGCAACUCCGAGUCAGAAAUGGAUCCUGUUCUAUACCCCAGGACUUGAGAGAUGAAAUUAAAGAGUGCUAUGAUGUCUACUCUGUCAGUAGUGAAGAUAGGGCUCCCUUCGGGCCCCGAAAUGGAACCGCUUGGAUCUACACAAGUGAAAAAGAUUUGAAUGGUAGUAGCCACUGGGGAAUCAUUGCAACUUAUAGUGGAGCUGGCUAUUAUCUGGAUUUGUCAAGAAGAAGAGAGGAAACAGCUGCACAAGUUGCUAGCCUCAAGAAAAAUGUCUGGCUGGACCGAGGAACCAGGGCAACUUUUAUUGACUUCUCAGUGUACAACGCCAACAUUAACCUGUUCUGUGUGGUCAGGUUAUUGGUUGAAUUCCCAGCAACAGGCGGUGUGAUCCCAUCUUGGCAAUUUCAGCCUUUAAAGCUGAUCCGAUAUGUCACAACUUUUGAUUUCUUCCUGGCAGCCUGUGAGAUUAUCUUUUGUUUCUUUAUCCUUUACUAUGUGGUGGAAGAGAUAUUGGAAAUUCGCAUUCACAAACUACACUAUUUCAGGAGUUUCUGGAAUUGUCUGGAUGUUGUGAUCGUUGUGCUAUCAGUGGUAGCUAUAGGAAUUAACAUAUACAGAACAUCAAAUGUGGAGGUGCUCUUACAGUUUCUGGAAGAUCAAAAUACUUUCCCCAACUUUGAGCAUCUGGCAUAUUGGCAAAUACAGUUCAACAAUAUAGCUGCUGUCACAGUAUUUUUUGUCUGGAUUAAGCUCUUCAAAUUCAUCAAUUUUAACAGGACCAUGAGCCAGCUCUCGACAACCAUGUCUCGAUGUGCCAAAGACCUGUUUGGCUUUGCUAUUAUGUUCUUCAUUAUUUUCCUAGCAUAUGCUCAGUUGGCAUACCUUGUCUUUGGCACUCAGGUCGAUGACUUCAGUACUUUCCAAGAGUGUAUCUUCACUCAAUUCCGUAUCAUUUUGGGCGAUAUCAACUUUGCAGAGAUUGAGGAAGCUAAUCGAGUUUUGGGACCAAUUUAUUUCACUACAUUUGUGUUCUUUAUGUUCUUCAUUCUUUUGAAUAUGUUUUUGGCGAUCAUCAAUGAUACUUACUCUGAAGUGAAAUCUGACUUGGCACAGCAGAAAGCUGAAAUGGAACUCUCAGAUCUUAUCAGAAAGGGCUACCAUAAAGCUUUGGUCAAACUAAAACUGAAAAAAAACACUGUGGAUGACAUUUCAGAGAGUCUGCGGCAAGGGGGAGGCAAGUUAAACUUUGACGAACUUCGACAAGAUCUCAAAGGGAAGGGCCAUACUGAUGCAGAGAUUGAGGCAAUAUUCACAAAGUACGACCAAGAUGGAGACCAAGAACUGACCGAACAUGAACAUCAGCAGAUGAGAGACGACUUGGAGAAAGAGAGGGAGGACCUGGAUUUGGAUCACAGUUCUUUACCACGUCCCAUGAGCAGCCGAAGUUUCCCUCGAAGCCUGGAUGACUCUGAGGAGGAUGACGAUGAAGACAGCGGACAUAGCUCCAGAAGGAGGGGAAGCAUUUCUAGUGGCGUUUCUUAUGAAGAGUUUCAAGUCCUGGUAAGACGAGUGGACCGGAUGGAGCAUUCCAUCGGCAGCAUAGUGUCCAAGAUCGACGCUGUGAUCGUGAAGCUGGAGAUUAUGGAGCGAGCCAAACUGAAGAGGAGGGAGGUGCUGGGAAGGCUGCUGGAUGGGGUAGCCGAGGAUGAAAGGCUGGGUCGUGACAGUGAAAUCCAUAGGGAACAGAUGGAACGGCUAGUGCGUGAAGAGUUGGAACGCUGGGAAUCCGAUGAUGCAGCUUCCCAGAUCAGUCAUGGUUUAGGCACGCCAGUGGGACUCAAUGGUCAACCUCGCCCCAGAAGCUCCCGCCCAUCUUCCUCCCAGUCUACAGAAGGCAUGGAAGGUGCAGGUGGAAAUGGGAGUUCUAAUGUCCACGUAUGAUAUGUGUGUGUUAGUAUGUGUGUUUCUAAUAAGUGAGGAAGCAGCUGUCCUGAGUUGCUGUAACAAGCACACUAUUUAUAUGCCCUGACCACCAUAGGAUGCAAGUCUUUGUGACCGAUUGCUAACCUUCUGCACUUUAAUUUAUUUUAUAUAAACUUUACCCAUGGUUCAAA